AUGGGCUCCCCGCUGGGCUCCGCCCUCCCCCGCGGCCUGCAGCGGGCCGGCCCCGGAGGGGUGCCCCUGACCGACGUGGUCGUGCGCGUGACGGGCGCGGAGGCGAAGUGCGCCGAAACGGCGGCGAACGCGGCGGCCGCUGCAGUGGAGGCCGCGGUGCAGAAGGCCGUGCAGGAGGGGCCCGGACUGACGCUGCUUGAGCCCGUCGCCGAUCUGGAGCUCGACGUUCCCCUCAGCUUCGUGGAGAUGGUUCGGGAGGAUCUGCAGCACCACCGGCGGGGACAGGUGUGGGACGCUCGGGAUGCCGAAGAGGGUCACCAGCUCAUCGAGGCCGAGGCCCCGGUCCGCGAGAUUCUGGACUACGCGGCGCAGUUGCAGAAGCUCACAGAUGGCCAGGGCGUGUAUUCUUGGCAGCGGCGCAUGCUCGGAACGGGGUCUGAGGCGGUGUACGAGCUGCUCUUCUUGUUGUUCCUGAGGGCAUGGCCAGAGAUGGAGAUGUGCCAGGGGGUGCGCCUCCUGCUCGCCCUGUUGCUGCGGUCGCGGUCGAUUUGCCGUGGGCGGCUGCGGGACCUGGGUCGCCUCGCCUUGUGGAUCUCCGGGAUGAAGAAGCGACUCUUCGUGGGCACGGAGUUUUUUGUAGACCGGAAGGCCCGAGGGCCCCCGGGCCGCGCCGCCAUGGGCGCCCGGCGGGCCCGGCGCGGGCCCGCGCUGCUCCUGGCGGCGGCGGCGCUGCGCGGCGCGGCGCGGCCGGAGGAGGGCCGGGGCGGCCUCGAGGAGGUGGAGGCGGAGGAGGGGCUGGAGGAGUUCGACCUGAGUCCGGAGGAGAGCAGGACAUGCUGGCGCGCCCUCACGACGCCGAGGGCCGGCGGGUGGAGCGGGAGCUGCUGGAGCACGAGCUGGGGCCCGGCUGCCUCUCGGUGGCGGAGUCCCUGGAGAGGGAGGUCGGGCUGUUCGACGAUCGGCAGAUGGACGACGAGGGGCGGCAGACUCUGGCCAGGACUGAGGAUGGCCGAGCUCGCGAAGAGCCUCUGGGCCGACGCGGGCGGCUCCGCCGUCGAGAGGAGAUUUCUGAAGAAGCUGACCCAGGUUCAGACUGGCAGCGACGACGCCUCGUUCGGCGCUCAGGCCGCGCCAUUGCUGGGCCCCGACGCCCCCUUCCCCUUCGUCGUCGGGCCGGGGGAGCAGGCGCCCCGCGUGCGGUGGCGCGACCUGAUGCCGGAGUGCAUGUACGACAGGACGGUGCGGGAUGUGGCCAUUCGCGUCCACGAGGAGAAGAACGAUGAGCCGAUCCCGCUGCAGUGCGUGGUCGGCCCCGCCGUCCCCAUCGCGUUCUUUGCCUUGUGCGUGACCUGGAUGGCGUGGGAGGCUGUGCCUGUCUUCGCGCAGACAUUGUCCAAGCCACCCACCAGCGACUUGCAGUUCCAUUGGGCGAAUUGGUACUGCGAGACCUUUGCGAUGGUGUUCUGGGGAGCAGUCCUGUGGGCGAUGGUCUGCUUGGACUUCCGCUGUGCGAAGUAUGCCUGGAUCCCACAGUUGCAACUGACCACCCAUUUCUCUGUGUUGGGAUUCAAGACCAAGUGGAGCACGUUCCUCGUCGUUGAGUCCGUCGUGUCCUUCAUCGGAAAGGUCGACCUAAUCACGAGCGGUUUGUUCCUCGCAGCGGCCCAGGAAGUGGCCAACGAGCAAACUCACCUCGGAAGCCAGGUGCACUGCGUCUGGUCGGAAAUUCACCCAUGGAGCCCGUUAUCUCUGGUCGGUCUCGUAAGUGUCUCGUGGUGGGCGAUGUUGCUCCAGCCUGCGUUCCUUAUUGUGAAAGCGAUGCCGGCUCAGACUCUGAGGUAUUGGUUCAACAGUCUGGGCGGAGAUCGCGGGGAGCGGUGGUGGCAGUCCAUCAAAAGGUGUCGGAGGUGGAAGAACGACCGGGGGAGUGAAGACCCACAACGCUACGACGUGGAAAGUUACGAGGUGCGGUAUUUGGAAGCAACCAGUGAAUCUGCCCUGGCGUUCAUGGACAAGAGGGCGAACGACCACAGCAGGGGCCACUACUACCCCACUUUGCUCUGCAGCGGCGAUGAGAUGAGCAGCCAUUCCACCGCUUUCUGGCCGCUGGCGGAUGCCUCUCGCAUGCAGCUCGCCACCACGAUGCGCAGCGAGUACACCCGGCUCUUGGUUCGGGCGUGCCUAGACCGCGGCAACGAGAAGUCAGCAGGCGGUCACAUGAAGCGUCAGAUGGAAUCCAUAAUCGUCAAGGUAUUCUUCUCGGGAAUUGUCCAGGCAUUGUUCCAGUUGAAUCUGUCGCUGGAGCUACUGAACAUGGCACGCGCUGUCACUGGCGAAUUCCCGAGGACUGCGGGCCUUGCUGCUUUUGUGACGCUUGUAAACAUCAUGAAGACACUGAAGGAUGCUUUUAAGGUUCAUGCAUGGAUUUCCAAACACGACCUGAGCGCAUUCAGGGAGGUGGAGCGGCGUAAUGCGCUGAGGCGCCGCACGAUCCAGCUGCGGUGUGUGAUUGUUCUGCACACAGUGCUGAUGUUCGCCACUGCGAUUAAGCUCUGGUUGGUAAUGCAGCCACUCUUAGAUCCUAGCAUCUGUCCGCAAGGCCUCUUCCAGUUUGAUGCUCUCGGCUGCGUAAAAUUGCCGCCGAAGUGCUUGUACGGUGCUUGAGGCUCAUACCACCCUGAAGAUUAUGCAGUUCGAGAUCCAUCCUGUUGCGGCCCCUGUCCCAUUCAAUUGUUAUUACGCCAGGGUGGUAGGCACAGGUUACGGGCCGCUUUGUAGACACGUAUUUGCGGCAGGGUUUUGUGCAGGGUGGGCGUUUCGCCCCGUUGCGUGAGAAUCAGGAUGUUUGUAUGCCUGUCUGCUUGAGUGCCUAGGUGUAGAUUUGUGCACACUAGCUCAGGCAUGUCAUGGCCACAGUCAAUCCUCACAGAACUCGAGAGCUGGCGCAGCGCGCCCCUGAAA